AUGGCACUGCCUGCGUGUGCAGCCCGGGCGCUCGGGCCGCCGUUGCAACCGGAGCGAGAAGCGCCCGCCCGCACCACCUGUCCCCGCCGGCAUUCCAGAGUAGAGGCCGAAUUGGCAGCAAGCCGGCCCGGAUCAGUCGCCGCCUCAGUCCGCGCGGGCCCUCCUAGGGGUGUGUCUCGCGGAUUCAACUCCCAGCCGCUCUUGCACGAGCCCCUAAAGGCUUCUUCCUCUCUGGCGGGAGCCGCGCGCGCCCCUCUCUUCGCGCCGCUGGCCCGAGGCCGCCGCAGGCGGAUGCACGACCUCAGGAGACGCUGGGACCUGGGCUCUCUCUGCCGGGCCCUGCUCACCCGGGGCCUGGCCGCCCUGGGCCACUCGCUGAAGCACGUGCUCGGCGCGAUCUUCUCCAAGAUUUUCGGUCCCCUGGCCAGCGUCGGGAACAUGGAUGAGAAAUCCAACAAGCUGCUGCUGGCUUUGGUGAUGCUCUUCCUAUUUGCCGUGAUCGUCCUCCAGUACGUGUGCCCCGGCACAGAAUGCCAGCUCCUCCGCCUGCAGGCGUUCAGCUCCCCGAUGCCGGACCCGUACCGCUCGGAGGAUGAGAGCUCCGCCAGGUUCGUGCCCCGUUACAAUUUCAGCCGCGGCGACCUCCUGCGCAAGGUAGACUUCGACAUCAAGGGCGAUGACCUGAUCGUGUUCCUGCACAUCCAGAAGACUGGAGGCACCACUUUCGGCCGCCACCUGGUGCGCAACAUCCAGCUGGAGCAACCGUGCGAAUGCCGCGUGGGUCAGAAGAAAUGCACUUGCCACCGGCCGGGUAAGCGGGAGACCUGGCUCUUCUCCAGGUUCUCCACGGGUUGGAGCUGCGGACUGCACGCCGACUGGACCGAACUCACCAGCUGCGUGCCCGCCGUGGUGGACGGCAAGCGCGACGCCAGGCUGAGACCGUCCAGGAACUUCCACUACAUCACCAUCCUCCGCGACCCAGUGUCCCGGUACCUGAGUGAGUGGAGGCAUGUCCAGAGAGGGGCGACGUGGAAAGCGUCCCUGCAUGUCUGCGACGGAAGGCCCCCAACCUCCGAAGAGCUGCCCAGCUGCUACACUGGAGACGACUGGUCUGGCUGCCCCCUGAAAGAGUUCAUGGACUGUCCCUAUAACCUAGCCAACAACCGCCAGGUGCGCAUGCUUUCUGACCUGACCCUCGUUGGCUGCUACAACCUGUCGGUCAUGCCCGAAAAGGAGAGGAACCAGGUCCUCCUGGAAAGCGCCAAAUCGAAUCUGAAGCACAUGGCGUUCUUCGGCCUCACCGAGUUUCAGCGGAAGACCCAGUAUCUGUUUGAGAAAACCUUCAACAUGAACUUUAUUUCGCCGUUUACCCAAUAUAACACCACUAGGGCCUCUAGCGUAGAGAUCAAUGAGGAAAUCCAAAAGCGUAUUGAGGGACUGAAUUUUCUGGAUAUGGAACUGUACAGCUAUGCAAAAGAUCUCUUUUUGCAAAGGUAUCAGUUUACGAGGCAGAAGCAACAUCAGGAAGCUAGGCGGAAGCGUCAGGAGCAACGCAAAUUUCUGAAGGGAAGGUUCCUUCAGACCCAUUUCCAGAGCCAGAGUCAGGGCCAGAGCCAGAAUCCGAGUCAGAAUCAGAGUCAGACCCCAAACCUAAAUGCCAAUCAGAAUGCGACUCAGAAUCUGAUUCCGAAGCUGACUCAGAGCUCGGGUCAGAAUCCGAGCCCGAAGGAGAACCGGGAAAGCCAGAAGCAGGACCCUGGCCAAGAGCAGAGCAAUGGCGACACCAGCAAUGGCACCCAUGACUACAUAGGCAGUGUAGAGAAAUGGCGCUAGAGGGCUCCCAAAGGCUUUUGCACACUUCUCCCAAAGCGCCAGUCAAAAUAGGGCAAGUCUUCAAACAUGAGAGUGUCCAAACACAUCCUGCUUCCUUAAGUUUGGAAGU